AUGAUCCGGGGGACGGUGCUGAUGGCUUUGUAUGUGACUGUCACCUCAGCCACAUAUGAUGUUUAUGAGCAGCAGUCCUAUAUGGACCCAGAGGAUGUACUGAGUGUCAUCAUUCUCCUGGAGGGUCCACAGCGCCCUCUGCUGGGGGGAACGCUGAUGUUACCGUGCCACUUUGAGGAUCACACUGUUGACGACCCUGGCGCUCCCACCAUUGCCCCCUUGUCUCAUCGGAUCAAAUGGAGCUUUGUGACUAAAGAAAAGGCCACAACCAUCAUUGUUGCCCAGGGGGGGAAAGUGCAUAUCACUGAGAACUACCAGGACAGAGUCCAGCUGGUAGCUUAUCCUGGGACCCCGACAAACGCUAGCAUCAGGAUAUCUGAGCUGCGUUCCAGUGACACGGGAGUGUAUCGCUGUGAGGUUCAGCACGACAUCGAGGACAACCACAGCAUCGUGCACGUCCAGGUUCAAGGCACUGUGUUCCACUACAGGGCCAUCAUGGGACGCUACAGUUUGACUUUUGAAAAGGCGAAGGCAGCGUGCACCCAGAAUAGUGCAGUAAUGGCUUCACCCGAACAGCUCCAAGCGGCGUACGAUGACGGUUUUCACCAGUGUGACGCUGGCUGGCUCUCUGAUCACACAGUCAGGUACCCAAUCCAGAGUCCUCGUAUGAACUGCUAUGGUGACAAAGUAGAACUGCCUGGAGUCAGGACCUACGGCGUGAGGGAUCUCAAUGAGACUUAUGAUGUUUACUGCUUUGCUGAGAAGAUGACAGGCAGAGUUUUCUACACUGCGACUGCAGAGAAGUUCACCUUCUCAGAGGCUGUGUUGGCGUGCUCUAAUAAGGGUGCUCAGCUGGCCACUACAGGUCAGCUGUACCUGGCCUGGCAAGGAGGGAUGGAUGUCUGCAACGCUGGCUGGCUCGCAGACAGGAGUGUCCGCUAUCCCAUCAACAUUCGUAGGCCACAGUGUGGAGGCGGGCUGAUCGGGGUACGGACUGUUUAUCUUCACGCAAACCAGACAGGAUAUCCUCUUCCCGAGUCUCGCUGUGACGCCUUCUGUUACACAGAAUCGACUGAUGAAGACAGCUCAGGCAUGACAGAAGAGGGCAGCGGUGUGCCGCGAGUCACCACAGUGACACAGAGCCCAGAGGUGUUCUUCAGGAGCACGACGACAGAGAGUGAGGCUGCCGGAGAGGUGGAGACUAUGAUGCCUACUAACGUGGACUUCACCUACACAGAAAGCCCCACCGACCCGCCUCUGGCUGAGCCGCCAAACAUCACCGAGUCUGUCAAUGAUCUGAUACAGUCAGCCACAGCACAGCCGGAUGUUGGCAGGGAGCCACACAAAGGCUUUGUGAUACCUCCAAGCGGCGUGGUCUUCCAUUACCGUUCAGCUGCCGGCCGCUACGCUUUCACCUUUGUCGAGGCCCAACAAGCCUGCCAGAGUGUUGGAGGCUCAAUCGCCACGCCUCAGCAGCUGCAGGCAGCGUAUGAAGCUGGAUACCAGCAGUGUGACGCAGGUUGGCUACUGGAUCAGACUGUAAGGUAUCCUAUCGCUUACCCUCGAGAAAGCUGUGUUGGAGAUCUGGGAGAUCGACCCGGGGUUCGAUCCUACGGUCUGAGGCCAGCACACGAGAGAUACGAUGUGUACUGCUACACUGACGGGCUCAAAGGAGAGGUUUUCCACAUUGAAUCAGCUGAAGGUUUCACUUACAGUGAGGCUGUUCGUAGCUGUCAAGAGCAGAACGCCACAGCGGCCUCCACAGGACAUCUCUAUGCUGCCUGGAAAAUGGGCUUUGACAAGUGCCGUGCAGGCUGGCUACUAGAUCGCAGUGUGCGCUAUCCCAUCAACAAUCCACGUGCGGAGUGCGGAGCGGGGAAAAUAGGAGUGCACACUGUGUACAAUCACCAGACUGGCUAUCCUGAACUUGAUGCCAGAUUUGAUGCUUACUGUUUCAGAGCUGACGUUCGGCUUAUUGCAGAUGAAACUGGACUGAACGUCACAGAAAUUGAGGAGGCUCUACUAAAUCUGACAUCAGCUACCCAUUUGUUACGACCUGCUGUUCCCUCCAUAUCUCCUCCCAUCAAUGUAGAGAAUUCAGGCUCUGGUUCAGGCUCAGGAGACACUUCUGUAGUAGAUUACACAUCUGGAGGUCACUCUGGAGAAUCGUCUGGAUCUGGACAGCCAUGUUUGUCUGCAGACGAGAUUUUCUCCUCUGGUUCUGGAGAUAAGGCUACUUCUGGAGAUGGCUCUGCUUCUGAAGACCUCCCUUCCUCUGGCUCUGGAGACCUGGCUGGCAGUGCGCAUGCUGACCUACCCAGCGGAGAAUCAGGUCCCAGUAGUACAGAUGUUUCUGGAUCAGGUAGUGGAGAAGGGUCCACGAUCAGUAUUUGUUUUUCAGGCACUGACUCCACUCCUUCAGGCGAGGACUCAGGUUCUGGAGGACCUCAAGAAGCUGGAGAGGGAAGCACAGAGAUCCUUACUUUCCUUUCAUCUGAUGUGGGAUCUGGAGUGCUGAGUGGUAGUGGGGAUGCGUCCUGGUCUGGAUCUGGUUUCAGUUCUACAGAAAGUGGUUCUUCCACAGACAUGUCCUCUGGUUUCGUCACUGGUCAGGAGUUUUCUGGCUCUAGCAGUUUUCCAUCCAAAUUUUCCUCUGGAAGUGGUAGUGGACAGUCAGGAGAGCUUUCAGGGAGUGGAGACGCUCAGAUCUUAUUGAUAGAUGAUAAACUGAUUGAUGCAACCACCUCCAGUAAAUACAGUGAGCUUAGUGGAGACUUCUUCAGUGGCUCUGGGGACAUUUCAGGAUCUGGCGUUCUCAUUUGUGAUCUUAAUGGAGAUUGCAGUGGUGACCUCAGUGGGGACCUCAGUGGGGACCUCAGUGGGGACCUCAGUGGGGACCUCAGUGGAGACCUCAGUGGGGACCUCAGUGGGAACCUCAGUGGGGACCUCAGUGGUGAUCUCAGUGGGGACCUCAGUGGAGACCUCAGUGGGGACCUCAGUGGGAACCUCAGUGGUGAUCUCAGUGGGGACCUCAGUGGGGACCUCAGUGGAGACGUCAGUGGUGAUCUCAGUGGGGACCUCAGUGGGGACCUCACUGCCUCGGCCUCGGGAGGGGUCUUUGAAUUUUUCCCUGGUGUGACUUUGGUGGGUUCAGGGUUCACUGAGCUGACAGGGUCAUCGUCUGGAGUGGAGGAGGAGGCAUCUGGGGUUUUACUCUACAGUUCUGCAGAGGGAAGUGGUGGAUAUCUGUCUGGAUUUGGAAGCUCAAGUUUUCAUUCUCUGUCUGGAUCAGGACUUUCUGGCUACGAGUCCUCUACAAGUGCAGGAGGAGGCAGUGUUAUCUUUCAGUCUGAGGAUCUAAUGACAAAGGUAUCUGAAAACACAUCACCAGAGGACUCAGGCACGCUGUUUUCGGAGCUUGGUAAGGGGCCGUUGGAGUACAGUGGAGAAGGAAGUAGUAGUGGCAGUGGUUCUUACCCUGGGAGUGGAGACUCUGACUCAUCUGCUGCCAGCACGACUUUUUCAGAAGGCCCUUCUAGGCAUCUGCCAGUGGCCUAUCCCAUCAUUGAGUGCAAUGUGACAGAGAGCACCACAGGACCACAGGAGGACCCUAAUGGCGUGCCAGAGACCCCCGAUGAUGUCCCUGUAACUCUGGCCCCUGCGGUUGUCCCGGCAGGACUAGCAGCACCUCCCAUUACAGUUGCACCACCCUCUGUUCAGACAUCAGGCCCUGUUGAAGGACAUGUUGGCCCAUGUGAACCGAACCCCUGUGGCGAUGCUUCAUGCACUGCAGAGAACGGCGUUGCCUUCUGUGACGAGGAGCAGCCGUGUGAAGAAGGCUGGACUAAGUUUCAGGGGAACUGCUACCGACACUUCACCGAGAGAGAGACGUGGGUGACAGCGGAGCAGCGCUGCCGCGAUCACAACGCCCACCUGGUCAGCAUCAUCUCCCCAGAGGAGCAGAACUCUGUCAACGCAAAUGCACAAGACUACCAGUGGAUCGGGCUGAAUGACAAGACCAUAGAGAAUGACUUCCAGUGGACUGACGGCACUCCUCUGCAAUACGAGAACUGGAGGCCUAACCAGCCGGACAACUACGUGAACUCUGAAGAAGAUUGUGUGGUGAUGAUCUGGCAUUCUGACGGCCAGUGGAAUGAUGUACCCUGUAGUUAUCAUCUGCCCUUCACCUGCAAGAAAGGCUCAGUGUCCUGUGGUGCCCCGCCGGAGGUGGCCAAUGCUUGCAUGUUUGGCAAAAAGAGGGUGGUGUACCCCGUCGGCUCCAUCAUUCGUUAUCAGUGCAAUCCAGGAUUUAGACAGCGCCAUCUACCGCUGGUGCGCUGUCAACCAGACGGACAGUGGGAGGAGCCCCAAGUGAAAUGCACUGAUGUGAAAAGUCAAAGGAGAGCACAGAGGAGGAGCCGCAGGAGUCCAGAACGCAACAGCAGGCGUCGCUAAGGAGUCAAAAUUGCAAUUUAUUAUUUCAAAAGAACAUUAAUGGGACACAAAAAUGAAUUUUCUAUACAAGUCAAGAAGAUUUCUAGAGGCAA